GGUCGAUUUUGACAGAUCGUUUUUCAGAGGUUAUGUUCUCUUCGUAGGUAGGGGUUCACUUGUUUGCAUUUCGCUUUAUUACGCAAAUGCGUUAAGUAACCGAGUUUGAAAACUUACUGCACCCAGUCGGAGUUUUCCUCUCCAAUAAUCAACAUGUACUCGAUCAAGACACCGACGCUCCGCAUCGACGAGGCCGAUUUGAAGUGCAAAAAUGGUUGUGGAUAUUUCGGAAACGAAGAAUGGCAAGGCUACUGUAGCAAAUGUCAUAGAGAACAUUUGCAGAAACAACGGGCUCAGAGAGAACACGCUCGCAUUCACGAAAGUGAUUCAAGCUCUAAAACUCCAGUGCAUGGUUUUUACAAAUUUGAAGAAAAGAAGCGGCAGCAAGAGAAGAAAACUAAACUGUUAAAACUCUCAGUCUUUCGCAAGCCAGCGACAAAAACUCAAGGUUUUACCGAGAUAUGGCAGGAGCUGGUUAAGGAUAAUCCCGAACUUGACAAAGUGAAAUGUGAGAGCCGUGACCUUCUGGUACAGAUCGCUAAGACUCCGGCUGAGAAAGAUGUACGAAAGUGUAUUCAUUCCUUUGUGAACAACAUCUUACAAAAGAAGGAUAUCAAAGGCGUUGAGGAGCUAUCUGAAAUGACUCAAAACUUCUAUCAAGUAUUUGCUAAGCGAAUGGAAAACAGUCCCAAUUAUGCAGAUGUUUCUCCAGAAACAAAAGAACGGCUCCUAGACUACAUCGAACGAUACACUAUGACCUUACUCUACAGGAUACUUUUCUGCCCGCCAUCAACUACAGAUGAGGAGAAGGACCUUGCUAUUCAAAACAGAAUACGGCAAUUGAAUUGGGUGAGCGGAAAGAAUCUGGAGUGUCGAAUCCACGAAACUAGUUCUGAUGUGAGAGAGCUUGUUUAUACCUCAAUAACAGUAACACUUGUUUCAGAUCUGUUAAAUAUGGACUCUGUAAAAGCACCGCAAGAGAAGCUUGCCUGUGUUGUUCACUGCUGCAGAAAUAUAUUUGUACUACUGCAACAAUCCGUCGGUGGUCCAGCUUCAGCCGACGAAUUCUUACCAGCACUUAUAUUCAUUGUGCUGAAAGCCAAUCCUGCACGGUUAAAAAGCAACAUAAAUUUUAUCACCCGAUUCUGUAAUGCAAGCAGAUUAAUGACCGGUGAAGGAGGUUACUACUUCACAAAUUUGUGUUGCGCAGUAUCCUUCAUAGAAAAUCUUACUGCAGAGUCAUUGAACAUGCCUGAGCAAGAUUUUGACGCAUAUAUGUCAGGAGCACGCGUUCCAGCGAGCACGUGGGAAUCUGCUCUCACUAUGUGCGAGAGUAUACACUUGAUGUGCGAACACAUAACGCUGCUGGAUGAACUGAAAGCGAAAAAUUUGGAAAUCAUAGCAGAAUCCGAUGAGCUUAAGAAAAAGAUGAUACAAUUCCCAGAAAAAGUUGAGGCUGAAGUUGACGCUGCGCUGGCUCGAACUCCUCUUAUUAUCACACCAAGUCAGAGGAUACCGACUAAUCUUGACUGCGUUGAUGCAGAGAGCUACCAGCUACCACCACCAAUUAUACCACAAAUUUACCCUCAAGCUCUGAAUGAUGAAACAAACGAAACAUUGACAUCUCAAAUUGGUGAUUUCAACGGACCUUCGAUCGAGGAUUGCAUAACACCGUCUCCAACUUUUGAUUUCCCAGCCUUUGACUCAGAUGGUGGCUUGCACGGAAGUAAAGGUGAUGACGAUACUAGCCUAAUUAGCUUGGAUACACAGUGCGAUCUUACAGCAGAAGAAUCGUAUCUACAAGAUAGAGACAACUCCGAUAGCUUGCUAGACGAAUCGCAGGCAUCGGGCACUAACUUACCAUCGCCUCUAAAACCAGUUUGUUCUCUACGUGAAGAUUACCAUGGAUUUUCAAUUCAAGGUUCUAACAUUCCCACGAUCCCGUGCAAUACUGGUGAUCUUUCUCACAACACUUCGGACUUGGAGGCAGAUAACUAUUCUGGCUACUUUCACAACAUUUAGAACAAUUUGCAAUUUAAAAAUAGACUUGAUCAAGUUCAAUCAUAACAUGUAUAUAUAUAUAUCCAGAUAUACAUAUAGAUACAUAUAUAUAGAUAUACGUAUACGUACAUACAUAUAUGUAUACAGUAGUAUGCAAGAAUUAAGAUGUAACUUGCAUCUUAUCUAGUCAGCUUUAAGGAUUGGAUCAUGUCUUGUAGCGAUGGCAAGAUAAGGUCUCAGAUUAUCGACUCGUUAUUCAAGAUCCCAUGGAAUCAACGAUAUUUCUGAUACGACUUACAAAUCAGAUGCUGGAUU